AUGGUAACAUUCGAUGUGGAUGCUGAUGAGAUCAGGUACCAUUCGCGGCGGCCUCUCUCGGCAGUGGUUAGAAAUCAUCUGCGCCACUACCAGACGAAAAUACAAGACCUACGAAUAGGCUUAUAUACCGAUCCCGGAUCGCCCGACGUACUACCCCAGAUACUCUGUGGUCUGCAACGCCUCGAUCUUUAUGUCGAUAAUUCAACAAGCCUCAUUCUGUUGUACAUGAACAUCGAAGCCGUGGGCGCCAACUUGAAAUCGUUGUCGCUGACAGCAGCCAAUUCCAUGGAUAUCAGUACGGAACUGGAUGCCUGGGCAAUGGGCGAGGAGAACGAAUACACCCAAUGCACACCCAAGCUCGAAGAGUUCACGCUGUCCAAUUUUAUCUAUGACAACGCUUACGAACAGUUCUCUAUAAUUGUCAACUAUCAUCAGCUUGUGCGAUUAGGGCUUUUCGGGAACUCCGGCGGAACCCAUUACUUUCUCCAGGAGCUUGCCGAAAGUAGCGAGGAGAACAAGCUUCGUUUGAAGCAUAUUGCUGUGGAAAUUGCGGGUGACAUCGCGGAAUCCACUGAGCUCGUUCCUCUGCGAUUAUCCUUGAAUCAGAUAUACAAGGCCUGCGAACCCCUUGAGAGCUUCCAUAUACACUACCCGCACGGCGACCACUCAUCCGACUUUGAUGUGUACGACUUCCUAAAGCCGUUCACUGAUCGCGGGCACAAUUUGCAAAGUCUGAGCUACCACGUCGAACAAUGGAACUGGGGCCAAUUAAACCACGACGUUAUAGAUGUGCUGUACCGGCUCGCGGUGUACUUCGAGGAAGCAUUGAUGCUUGACGGCCUAUGGAAUGAAGAGGCCAGAUUUAUGAUCUUUAUGACUUGGAUAGGGUAUUUCCGAGAAGUACGCUUGCUCCACCUCCGCGUGCCACACUGCGUUCGCAUGGGGCAGAGCAAACACGGGUGGGACCCCGCACUAUUGAUCCUACAGCUGCAAACCUUCGCAAACCGAGUCUUUGAGUUUCUAGGUCCAGAAUCGAAGUUGGAUGCUCUGGUGAUCGGUCAUGUUGCGACUUUGCGGAACCCAGAAAACCUAGACCUCGUGCGUCCACUUCCGCAGCAAUGCUUUCUCCGAGGCGAGCAAAGAGAUAUCCUAGGUCGUACCGUCCCCGUUGCGGUUCCUGUUACGAGGAUGAUGUUGCGUGAAACGCAACCGUACACAGAUAUUCUGGAAGUCGACUACCGUACUGCCGCCGAUGAAUGGGAGGCGUGGGCAACUCGAACGAUGUGA